AUGUUGUCAUCCCGUUCCACCACUGCCAAGGUUUCCUUUAAUAUUGGCAUAGAACUCGAUUCCUUUGAUGGAAAACUCCCAAUCCACCCUCCUAUUGAACAGGAUUAUCAGGUCGAUACUUGGGGAGUCGCACCCGUACAUCGCAGUCAGCACUUUGAGCUCAUCGGUCCCAGCUUUGAUUUUGCCGAUGUGGCUGCUGGGCUCCCCGAUGUCGAGGCUGCGGUUGAUGCGGUUCGCCAGGAUGGGUCUAGUUACCUCGAGAAAACCCGCGGCGUAGCCGUCAGAGUCGGCAUCCAAGGAGGCAUUUCGAGCGGCGAGACGACCCUACUCACUAAAAAGAUCGCCACCCUGGUCAUGCUCUUGGAAGAACAUCUGCUCACCAACCUGACACGAGCCCGAUCUCGCAAACACUACCUUGUGAGCAUGGAAUCUCAAGUGGCUAAGGGACCAUGGCCGCAAGGCAACGUUGUGAGCUCCUACUAUGACUCGCACGUACCUCCGAUGGCAACCAUUAAGCCAGGCUCCUGGUGCAACGAAAAACUGGAGAGCAUGUACCUCAAUUUCCGUUUGAUAUGGUCAGCGCCCUCACUAUGGGAGCUUGACCAUCUCCUCUUACGUUCGUUUUCACCCCCGACAGUGUGUGACUUCUUCAUGCUGUCUCCCCGAGAGGUACUUGUGGGCGUUCUACCCUGGGCCCUCGAAGAGAACCCCCAGGACCCCGAACCCUGGUGGAAUCUCGAGGAGCUAGGGAAGCUUUUUCAACCCUACAGCGAGCGGGAUCCCGAAGAUGGCUAUACCUACCUGUACUUCACAUAUCUACAACCAACACUUGAUCACACGCUACUCCGCAAUUGGGUUGAGAUCAUUGCAGGCAUCGUUAAGCUAGCCCUAGCUAGUCCUGACGAGUAUAAGCAAUGCCUUGAAACUAUCCUCACGAUCGUUUAUGACUAUGACCGAGGCGAAGAGGCUUGGGUGCUGCUGAUGAAGCGUGUUCUCGAGCUAGAACACCGCAUUCCGUACUGGCGGAAAAGCCUUGAAUGA